AUGUGCGGUGAAGGAAUACGGCAGGCUCGACUCAUCAAAGGCAUCCACGUAUGUGAGUCAGAUGGCGAUGCCCGCAGAGCGACGGAGGUGGUGUUGUGCGGUGCUGUGGAGGAGCAUGGAGAUGGCGGAUUUCGUCCAGUCAGAAAGCUCAGCGGCCGCAACGACCACGGUCACGCACGUCGCAUCGUCAACGGGCAGCCCGUACAAGCAGCCCCACACGACAAUCAUAGCGACUACGGGCCCAGACCAAAGGGGAGCAUACGCAGCAUACGCAGCAUACAUGCCGACAGCGUCCGUCAACCUGCGCGCAUCCAACACCCCGCGGGCGCCUCGCCCUAG